UGUUCUUCCUGAAAAAUGAAAAUCGCCAAGGCGAUAUUUUGUUUAAGUUGCUUAGCAGUCGUGUUCCUUGUAAGUAGCGCACAAAGUCGUUAUGGCAACAGGGGUGGUAUAGGAUACGGAGGAGUCGGAGACAGUCCUUACAAUGGUUAUGAAGAAGGUAGCCAUGGUAACACCGGAUAUAAUAAACCAAGAUGUGGAUACUAUUGUCAACUGAAAUUUUGCAAUUAUUACGAAUGCUUUUACGCGUGUCGACUCAGUAAUAACUGCAGAACCGUUACAAAUGUUGGUAUCUAUGGGCGAAGAGGAACUAACAACGUCAUAGAAGUGACCAAGCCAGUGAGCGAGAAAGUCGAUAGUUUCAACUAUAUACCACCAGGUGAUGAAACAACAUCCAGUGAAGGAGCAAUAGUUUUUGGAUAAUUCCACUGACCACG